AUGGCUUUGAAUCAAGCUUCCGAGAAUACUCUGGCUGCGGCCCCUGCUGGUCAGGCGGCUGCCCCUGAUGGAACAGGUGUCAUUCAGCUAGAUCCAUGGCUCGAACCUUUCAAAGACUCCUUGAAAUCACGUUAUGCAAAGGCUCAGAGCUGGAUCAAGACUUUAGACGAGACCGAAGGUGGUCUAGAAAACUUCAGUCGAGGCUAUGAAAAGUAUGGCUUCACAUUUGGAUCCGACGGCUCCAUCACAUAUCGUGAAUGGGCUCCCAAUGCGGAGCAGGCUUUCCUCAUCGGAGACUUCAACAACUGGAGUCGAGAUGCCACCCCUCUAAAGAAAAACAACUUUGGAGUUUGGGAAAUCACCCUGCCUGCAAGAGAUGGUGUUGCUCCCAUUGCCCACAAUACCAAGAUCAAGGUCUCCUUCGUCCUCCCUGGAGGUGAACGUAUAGAGAGAAUACCUGCCUGGAUCACCAGAGUCACUCAGGACUUGAAUGUAUCCCCCGUCUACGAUGCCAUCCUAUGGAAUCCUCCCAAACACGAACGCUACCAAUUCAAAAACCCCCGUCCCCCAUAUCCAAAGAGUGCUCGUAUUUACGAGGCACACGUGGGCAUUUCUUCCCCCGAACUCAAGGUUGCAACCUACAAAGAAUUUACCAAGAACAUGCUCCCCAGGAUUCAUUAUCUCGGCUACAAUGUCAUUCAGCUGAUGGCUAUAAUGGAACACGCCUACUAUGCCAGUUUUGGCUACCAGAUCAAUUCUUUCUUCGCGGCCAGCUCUCGCUACGGCACACCCGAUGACUUGAAGGAGCUGCUUGAUAAUGCACACGGCCUCGGCAUCACCGUCUUGCUCGACGUGGUCCAUUCUCAUGCCAGCAAAAACACUCUUGAUGGCCUAAACAUGUUCGAUGGCAGCGACCAUCUCUACUUCCAUGAGGGAGCAAAGGGCCGACACGAGCUAUGGGAUUCACGGCUGUUCAAUUAUGGCCAUCAUGAAGUCCUACGAUUCCUGUUGUCCAAUCUGCGCUUCUGGAUGGAAGAGUAUCAAUUCGACGGUUUCCGUUUCGACGGUGUCACCUCAAUGCUCUAUACCCACCACGGCAUUGGUACGGGAUUCUCAGGCGGCUAUCAUGAGUACUUUGGACCAUCCGUUGAUGAGGAUGGAAUUGUCUAUCUCAUGCUCGCCAAUGAGAUGUUGCACAACCUCUAUCCCAACGCCAUCACAAUUGCCGAAGACGUAUCUGGCAUGCCAGCACUAUGUUUGAAGCUCUCUCUCGGCGGCGUAGGUUUCGACUAUCGACUGGCCAUGGCGGUACCGGACAUGUACAUCAAGAUGUUGAAAGAGAAGUCCGAUGAUGAAUGGGAUAUUGGCAACAUUGCUUUCACUCUUACCAACCGAAGACAUGGAGAGAAGACUAUUGCAUAUGCUGAAUCUCACGAUCAAGCUUUGGUGGGAGACAAGUCGUUAAUGAUGUGGCUCGCUGAUGCUGAGAUGUACACACACAUGUCAACACUGACAGAAUUUACACCCGUCAUCGAACGGGCUCUCGGUCUACAUAAAAUGAUCCGACUGGUCACCCACGGUUUGGGAGGCGAAGGCUAUCUGAACUUCGAGGGCAAUGAGUUCGGACACCCGGAAUGGCUGGACUUCCCUCGUGCAGGCAACGACAACUCAUUUUGGUAUGCUCGACGACAACUCAAUUUGACCGAGGAUCCUCUCCUACGGUACAAAUUCCUCAACGACUUUGACCGAGCCAUGAACUGGACGGAAGAGAAAUACGGCUGGCUCCACGCACCACAGGCGUACAUCUCCCUAAAGAACGAGACAGAUAAGGUUCUGGUCUUUGAGCGAGCCGGUCUGCUUUGGAUCUUCAACUUCCACCCCUCCAAAUCCUUCACCGACUACCGCGUCGGCGUCGAGCAAUCCGGCGUAUACCGCAUCGUCCUUGACUCCGACAGUCCCGAGUUUGGUGGCCUCGGCAGAAACGCCAAGGACACUCGAUUCUUCACCCAGGACCUUCCCUGGAACGGCCGCAAGAACUUCACACAGGUCUACAUCCCCACCAGAACAGCUCUGGUUCUUGCCUUAGAGACUACUCUAUGA